AUGCGGCUGAUUAUUUUACCUGUGGCAGCAUCGUUAUGUGCUGCCCUGAUUAUUCCUGAGCAGGAGGUUCUUGCUGAACUUUCUGGGUUACUUCGCAGUGACCAACCCAGUCAAGAUGAGGACAAACAACUUGAUUCCUGGUGGUCAAAGAUGGCCGAGUUGUCUCAAAACGGCCAGCAAUCGGCCACAAAGCUUGCCUUGAGUGUCCUGGGGCUUGAUCUUAGUUUGGAUGGGGAUUUUGAAGCUCCCGAUGGCGAAAAUGAGGACUACGACGAUUUUGAUGAUGAAGAUUAUCUCAGUAUGAAUGUGGACCUGGAUAUGGUGAAGGUGCCGGUCAUGGUGAGGGCCCUGGUUAUGGCGAAGGACCUGACUAUGGCGAACGCCCUGGAUAUGGUGAAGGUCCCGGUUAUGGGGACAGACCAGGAUACGGCGGCGGCCCAGGAAAUGGAUGUGGGGAUCCUGGCCGUGGUCCUGGUUAUGGUGAUGGUCCUGGUGGAGGCGGCGGCGGUGGCCCUGGUGGGGGAGGUCCCGGUGGGGGGGGUGGUUGGCCCGGUGGAGGAGGAGGAGGAGGAGGAGGCGGUUGGCCUGGCGGAGGCGGUGGUAACCCUGGUGGUGGAGGAUGCGGCGGUGGUUGGCCUGGAGGAGGGGCUCCUGGUGGAGGAGGAGGCGGACGCUGGCCUGGCGGAGGUGGAGGUAACCCUGGCGGAGGAGGUGGUGGUGGUUGGCCUGGUAGAGGAGGAGGAGGUUCUGGGGGCGGAGGGGGUUAUCCUGGAGGCGGCGGAGGAUAUCCUGGGGGUGGAGGAGGGUAUCCUGGAGGCGGCGGUGGUUGGCCUGGUAGAGGAGGAGGAUAUCCUGGGGGUGGAGGAGGGUAUCCUGGCGGAGGAGGUGGUGGUAACCCUGGUGGAGGAGGUGGAGGUGGUGGUUAUCCUGGUGGAGGAGGCGGCGGUGGUUGGCCUGGUAGAGGAGGAGGAGGUUCUGGGGGCGGAGGGGGGUUAUCCUGGAGGCGGAGGUGGGUAUCCUGGAGGCGGCGGAGGAUAUCCUGGGGGUGGAGGAGGGUAUCCUGGAGGCGGCGGAGGAUAUCCUGGCGGAGGAGGUGGUGGUGGUAACCCUGGUGGAGGAGGCGGCGGCGGUGGUUGGCCUGGUAGAGGAGGUUCUGGGGGCGGAGGGGGAUAUCCUGGAGGCGGAGGGUAUCCUGGGGGUGGAUGGGGAGACAAAGGCCCUGGAUACGGCAAUGCUCCAGGAUACGGUCGUGGUCGUGGCAGACCAGGAUAUGGGAGAUGGCCAGAUGAAAGAGGAUGUCAUGAGCGAGGUGGCCCCUGUGACGACUUCAAUCUUUUGCCGAGAUUCUGCACGGAAAACCACACGAUCUGGGAGUUGAUCACCGAGAACAAGCAAACAUCGCAGCUUGCAGAACUCAUCAAGGGCCACGACGACCUGGUCACCCUACUGAACAGCAGCGGAGACAACUAUACUCUCUUGGCACCGACGAACAGGGCAUUGGACUGGUUCCUGCACCAUGAACAUGAGCCUUCAUACACGAAGGAAUUCCUGCGAUAUCAUAUCUUGCCCCGGCAACUUGAUCUCCGGGACGUGAAGUAUCAGCAAACGUUGCCCACGCUGCUGAAUCAGUCGGAGCUGGGCAAGGAUAUGCCGCAGCGGCUGGUAGUGAACAAACACGGACGUCGAGUGUUGUUCAAUGGAGUCAGUGAGGUUGUAGCGGGUGGCAUAGUUGGAAGCAAUGGCGUUCUUCAUCACAUCAACACGCCACUCAUUCCACCUCCAAAUGCCAGCACAAUCAUCAAACUCCUGCCGAGGCAUUUCAGCGCUUUCACCCUCGGCCUUGAAAAGACCGGUCUGAUCCACCAGUUGACCGACGAAGCCAGAGCCGGCGGUACAACAUUCGCCCCGACAAAUGCAGCCUUUGACCGUUUGGGACAACUUGCAAAUGAGUAUCUCUUCUCUGCCGGCGGCGAAAAGUGCUUGCAUGCCUUGCUGGAGUACCAUCUUGUUCCGAACCACACUUUGUAUUCGGACGUGCUGUAUGAUCAGCAUGGACAUGUGCAUGAGUUUAGAUCUGGGGAGCAGGAUUCUGCGGUACAUAUUAAGCUGCCGACGCUUCUGAAGAAGCAGACCUUGAGGGUUGAUGUUGCUUGGCCUGGAUACUCGGUUAUCAUGCGGGUGAAUGGUGUCAGCCGAGUCGGGGUUCAUGAUGUUUUGGCGCGAGAUGGCGUCGUGCAUAUCGUGGAUCAGGUUCUGAUGCCGUCUAGGGAAAUCAAAGGAAAAGGCAACGAGGGAGUACUUGCGAUGUCGAUGCUUCGGGAGAUUCUCGAAGAGUGUAAAGGGAUGCCGCGGGAGGAGCUGUGA